AUGUCUGCCAUAGAGGAAAAGCAUAUGGAGACCAGGAUCGAGUCGAUUAGUCAUGAGAAGUUCGCCGAGAUCAAAGUCGUUAAAGGUAGCGAUACUUACAACGAGGCCAUUACACAGGAGCCGCCGCAAUUUUGGUGCAUCACAACAUGGAAGCUCGUAGGGUGCCUGCUGCUGGGUUGCUUCUGCCAGACCAUGAACGGAUUCGAUGGCUCUCUCUUUGGUGGAUUAACAGCCAACAAGGCCUUCCUCGGCUUUUUUAACGGCACCAACGACGGUCCCUGGGCUGCCAUCAACUCGGCAAUGUAUCAGAUUGGAGGGGUUUCAGCUCUACCGUUUGUUGGUCCUUCCAUCGAUCGUUGGGGACGAAAAGUCGGCAUGAACAUAGGCGCGUGGAUUAUCAUCAUUGGCACGAUCAUCAACGGCACCACGGUCUUCACAGGCAACGGCGGCCAACUGAAGGCCGGACGGUUCGUUCUCGGAUUCGGUGUGUCAAUUGUAAGCGCUGCUGGCCCAAUUUAUGUCGUUGAGACCGCACACCCAGCUUGGAGAGGUAUCAUUACAGCAUAUUGUAACACUUUCUGGUUCAUCGGCUCCAUCUUGUCCAGUGGUGCCGUCCGCGGAGGACUCAACAUCGCCGGAAACACAUCAUGGCAGAUUCCCGUCUGGCUCCAGCUUGCAUUCCCAAGUCUGAUCGUUCUCUUGUCAUGGGGUAUUCCAGAAAGCCCAAGAUGGCUCUUCGUCAACAACAAGCGCGAGCAAGCGAUUGACACAUUGCGCAAGUGGCACGGGUACGGCAACAGAGACUCUUCGUGGGUCAAGCUGGAGAUUGCCGAGUAUGAAGAAUUUCUCGAUACCAAUGGUGCAGACAAGCGUUGGUGGGACUACAGCGCGCUCUUCAAGACGAGAGCAAGCCGUUACCGCAUCGCUUGCAAUUGCAUAUUCUCAAUCUUCGCACAGUGGGCCGGUAAUGGAGUCUUGUCGUACUUCCUGCCAGCCGUAUUGGACACUGCUGGAUACACGGAGGGCAUAACUCAGGCCAACAUCAACUUGGGAUACUCAUGCUUUCAAUUCGCCUUUGCCCUGACGGGUGCUGCGUUCGUCGACCGAUUCGGUCGCCGACCACUCAUGCUCUUCUCCAUGACUGGCUGUUGCAUCGUCUGGGUUGCUAUGACCAUUGCGACGUCACAAUUUGAUGCAACCAAAGCGCCAGCCGCAGCAAAAGCAACAGUGGCUUGCAUUUUCCUGUUUGGCGCGGUGUUUUCCGUGGGUAUCACACCACUGCAGGCACUCUACCCGGUGGAGGUAUUGUCGUUUGAGGGACGAGCAAAGGGGAUGGCGUUCAGCGCGUUGGCAGUCAAUGCCGGCGGUCUGCUUAACCAGUUUGCCUGGCCCAUUGCGCUGCGAAACAUUGGGUGGAGGACAUAUAUUGUCUUCUGUAUUUGGUGCGCGGUGCAGGCUUCGGUCUUCUACUUUUUCCUGCCGGAAACCAAGGGCCGCACACUUGAAGAACUUGAUCGAGUCUUCGAGGCUAAAAACCCGGUGAAGGCUUCGUUGCAAGCUAGGAAGGUGGCCAUUGCAAACGACGGUACUUUCUUGGCUUCGGAAGAUGCUUGA